AUGCAGGAAGAUACAGAAAAUCUUGUUUUCAAUGCAAAGAUGAUCACUGAAAAUCCGGAAGAAAAGGCUCGCGUUUUUUCCAUAAGUUUUAAUCUUAGAGAAAAGAAACUUUCAAUUUUGGAAGGAAAAUCUUCAUUUUGCAUUUCACCUCAGAGAUUUUUAUCUCCUUCUACUGUAAUUGAUCCAACAACAAAAUCUCCAUACACAGAAUCUAGCUUUUACAUCGGAAGCAGAAUUAUUGCCGCCGGCAGAUUAUUCGAACUUGUUGAUGCAAGUGAUUAUACUCUUUCAUAUAUGGAAGCUUAUCCAAAUAGAUUCCCUUAUACAGAUGUCGAUUUAUGCUUCGAGUAUUUAAAGAAAGUAACCGAAAACGUUCAACUCAAAUUCCAGGAUGCAAACCCAGCUGCAUUUGGCACAAUGCCAAUCGAACAAGCUCGUGAAGUUUUAUAUAGCUUCCACCCAACAUUGCCAAAACAUGCAUCAGUUACUUUGCUCAGAAGAUUCUCAGCUGAAGGCAGAUUCAAUUACCAGGCUGUUUUAGAAGGAGCUAACAUUUGUUAA